AUGAAGUUGAAGGGGGCCGUCUACGCGGGAGUUCUGUUCCCAGCAUCCUGUGUGUGUGCUGAGGAAAACGUGGCUUCUAAAGACAACCUCUAUUCCUUUGACUUUGGCGAAACCGUCCAGUACACACUCGACAACAUCGUGGCACUCGAUGAUGCUUGGUCGCCAGAUCACCUUCCUGAAGACAAGUCCCAUCUAGACUAUCUUUUCUACGGGCAAAGUCCCCCAGUCUAUCCCUCGCCAGCUACCGGGGAGGGCAAGAGCGAUGACUCGUGGAAAGCGGCCUACUCCAAGGCGAAGAAACUGGUGUCAAAGAUGACGCUGGAGGAGAAGCUAAAUUUGACCUGGGGAUACCCUGGUCAAUGCACAGGAGUGACCGGCUCGGUGCCCCGUCUCGGAGUGAAGCCCAUAUGCCUCAAUGACGGACCGGCUGGUGUCCGUGGCCAGGAUUUCGUGUCUUCUUUCCCUACGGGAGUCCAUCUCGCCGCGACGUGGGAUAAGUCCCUGAUGUAUCAGUACGGUCGAGCCCUAGGUUACGAGUACCGUGGGAAGGGAAUUCAUGUCGCCCUCGGCCCCUGUGCUGGGCCCCUCGGCAGGGUUGCCGUUGGUUCUCGCAACUGGGAAGGACUCGGUUCGGACCCGUACCUCGCCGAGGCCGGCAUGACUGGCGUUGCCAAGGGUAUCCACGACAGGGGCGUGAUUGCAUCGUUGAAACAUUGGCUUCUGAACGAACAAGAAUAUCGUCGCAUGCCUAGUGUUCUGGGUGAAUCAAUCAGCUCUAAUGUUGACGAGCGAACCCUGCACGAGGUGUACGCCUUUCCCUUUAUGGGCGCGAUCCGAGAGGGCGCUGGCUCCGUAAUGUGCUCCUACAACCGAGCCAACAACUCUUAUGCUUGCCAAAACUCGAAGCUCUUGAAUGGAGUGCUCAAGACGGAACUCGGGUUCGAAGGUUUCGUCGUCAGUGACUGGGGCGCCAUCCAGUCUGGUGUGGCUACCGCCAAUGCUGGCAUGGAUAUGCUGAUGCCAAACACUGAUUACUGGGGCGCCAAGCUGGUGGAAGCCGUCAAAAACGGCAGUGUCACAAAGAAACGGGCAGAUGACAUGGCUACUCGUAUUCUGGCUGCCUGGUACCACGCCGGCCAAGACAAGGAUUUCCCCGAAACCACUGCGGUAUUCAGCACCAGAGACAACCCUAGCCACGCGCUCGUUCGUAAAGAUGUUGACGUGCGCAACGGACACCACAAACUGAUCAGGGAGGUUGGCUCUGCUGGCACGAUUCUCCUCAAGAACGAGAAUAAUGCCUUGCCGCUUAAGAAGCCCAAAUAUGUCUCCGUGUUUGGAUACGACGCAGUCGCUCCUGGAACGCCAUGGAACAGCCCCGGAAGUUUUGGGUUCCGGAAAGCCAUCAACUGGAUCCCUCGCGACAACGUCUUCGCUCGCCAGAAGCUGCGGACGUUCAACGGUACCCUACUCACGGCGUUCGGUUCGGGAAGCACGUCGCCCCCAUAUAUCAUUGACCCAUUCUCAGCCUUGCAGAAGCGGGUGUCCGAGGACGGUGGCAUCGUAAAAUGGGACUUCUGGACCAUCGAUCCCCUGGUCUAUGUCAACAGCGAGGCGUGUCUGGUCUUCAUCAAUGCCUACCCUGAAGAGGGCAAGGAUCGUGCGGGCCUGUCGGACGACUGGAGCGACCAGCUUGUUCUCAACAUUGCGAAGCACUGCGCCAACACGAUAGUCAUUGUCCACUCCGCAGGUAUUCGCCUGGUCGAGGCUUGGGCCGACCACCCAAAUGUCACUGCCAUCAUCAAUGCAGGCAUGCCGGGACAGGAAGCGGGCAACUCGAUAGUUGACAUCCUCUACGGAGACGUCAACCCCAGUGGCAGACUUCCAUACACCAUGGCGCAUCAAGAAACGGACUACGGCACCCUUCUCAACUUCACACUCAACGAUGGCGAGAGCACUUGGUUCCCUCAGUCGAACUUUGAGGAGGGCCUCCACAUUGACUACCGGUACUUCGAUCUGCAUGGUAUCACUCCUCGCUACGCCUUCGGCCACGGUCUCUCCUACACAACCUUUGAAUAUUCAGAUAUUCGGGCACAGGUGCUGGACGGGUCGAAAGCCGGACUGCCAGACAAGAAGAUACCUAUAGUGCAGGGUGGCCACCCUCAGCUGUGGGAGACUCAGGCUAUCGUCGCAGCCGAUAUCACCAACACCGGCGACGUCAUGGGUUCCGAGGUUGCUCAACUCUACCUGGGCAUGCCCGUCAAAGACACCCCAGUGCGGCAGCUGCGGGGAUUUGAGAAAGUUGAGAUCUCGCCGGGGGAGACCCGACGGGUGUUGUUCAGUCUGAGCCGGAGAGAUGUGAGUUAUUGGGAUGUGACCUCUCAGCAGUGGCGCAUCCCAGAGGGCGAGUUCAAGGUCUAUGUUGGGGCAAGCAGCAGAGAUAUUCGCUUGCAGAGUACCUUUGAGUUCAGAUCAUAA